AUGGUCUUGUUUCCGGAGUGGUUGAAGAAGGUACAAGAUGAGCUGGACCGCGUCGUGGGCUCGGCACGGCUCCCGACCUUUGACGACCUUCCAGAGCUGCCGACAGUAAGAGCCGUUGUGAAGGAGACCUUGCGGUUCAGACCCGUCACCGCUGGUGGUAUUGCCCAUAAAACGACAGCGGACGAUGUCUACCAAGGCUACUUUAUUCCCAAGGGCGCGAUUGUUCAUGGAAAUAUAUGGGCCAUUCACCAUGACCCAGAGCUCUAUCCAGAUCCCGAAACCUUCAACCCCGACCGAUGGUUGAACCCAAAGUUCCCGACGUAUCGUGAACCUCUCACACAAUACCCGAAUCUCCAGAAUUACUCCGCCUUUGGCUUUGGACGUCGCUUAUGCCCUGGCGCCAAUAUAGCUGAGAGAAGUCUCAAUAUCAUCGUCGCGCGCACAAGCUGGGCGUGUAACAUCAAAAAGGCCGUGGACCCCAAGACUGGCCAAGAGAUCACGCCUCCUUCUUAUGACUACGUGAAGGCACUCAACACCGAACCUCAUACAUUCCCAUUCGGCCUAUCCUGUCGCUCGCCAGAGCGCUGGAGUCUCCUCGAGGAAGAAGCCCGUAAAGCAAGAGAGGAGUUGAGGAUGCCCGCGGACAAGUGA